AUGAAAGUCCAACGAUACACAGGUCCAGCUAAAAAAGUGUUCGUAAAUAUCCGCGAAGUUCCUAAACCAUCUCCUUUAUCACGAAUAAAUCAACCAACAAUACAAAGCAGAGGAAUUUUGAUACCAAAACCUCCAGAAGCCAAACAUGAACCUCAAUUCAUUCGAAAAAAAGUUGAAUCGUUCAGAUGCCACACCCCAGAUCAAGGAGGUGGCAAGCCGCAGUCUUCUCAAAUACUCCCUCCACUGGCUCAAAAAAAAGGAGUUUCAUCUGUAAUGAAUUCUCCUUCACGCUCAAAUUCUACUACAAAGCAAAGGUGAUAUAUGCCAACCCAUUUUAAGCCUAAAGAUGUUGAUACAAGCAUUCUUCUACCUAAAUCUCCUAUAGAUAAAGAAGAUAUUUGUAUGCCCUAUGAAUUAAAAGAAAAGCCAAGACUGAGCAGCCGAAAUGUGGAAAUCAGAAAAUCUGUUAAACAAUUGCCGCAACCCCCUGAAAAGCAGCAGCGAGUUGAUUUGAGAAAAGGGAGUUUCUCUAAAAAGCAGAUAGCAACAGUGCUAAAUAGUGUGGACACAAGUAUAAAUUUGUCAAGAAUUGAGAUGGAUAGUAUAAAUCAAUCAAGAAUAGAUUUAGAUAUACUAUAUCAAGCUAAAUAAUCCUUUAUCUAUAAAAAUUCCUUUAUUUCUCAAUGAUUUCAUCAAAGAAUAUUUCAAAAAUUUCAUUAAAAUGCGAUGAAGUUUUCCAGCCCUGGGAAGAUUUGUCAACAAAUCAUCCAUCAAGAAAUCCGACGCCUGAUUUAAGUACAUCACGGCCGAAUCGAUUUCAUCAGCUUUCUAAAGGCUUUAAACUAGACAAGCAAUCCUUUGUAAGCCAAGUCGACAAACAAGUGAGAAGAACCCAGUCAGAAAACCAUUCAGCUGAAAAAAGAGUAAAAGGACCUCAAGCUUAUACCCCAGAGCCACCGCUUCUGCAUCCUUGGCAGAAAUUUAUGCAGGAUUUAGAUGAUAUAUCAAAUAUAACGGAUAUAGUAGAAAAUAAACAGAGUAUUGAGAGUAAGUUUAUUAAGCCAAAAGGACCUAUAAAAGCGAGACAUUUGUAA